GUUCUCCAGGCCAUUUUCUAAUCCGCCUCCAGACAGCAACAUCUAGCACUCAUCUAACAUCUUCAUAAAAGCCGGUAGAAGCAGCAGAUGCACAGUCAUCAUGCUAGCAAAAGCCCAUCCGCAUCUCAACAUCAUCAUUCAGGAUCUCCCUAGCCCCAUCGCAAACGCUCAGACCACCAUCACCGCGUUACAGCCCGAUAUUCGAUCCUGCGUUCAAGCCACUGAGUACAACCUUAUCCUCCCUCAGCCUAGAAGAAGCGUGGAUGUCUACCUUUUGCGUACAACCCUGCAUGACUAGGCCAAUGCCAAU